CUUUAUCUUAUCGACCUCAACGACAGCCUCGAACAUCAACAACAGCAUCUUCCCAUCUCUGCACGACAACAUGGCCUCUGCCGAUCCGAUCACUGCCAUUACGGUCAGUCUGCCGCCGGCAGAAGACUACCUGAUGUACCUCACUAUCCUCGAAUACAACAUGAGCCCAGAGAUUCUGCCAACUUUGGAGGGGUUCCUACAAGAUCCCGAGUUGACGCAGCAUAUUGGUUGGGACUUGAUACAUCUGCUGCUGCCGCAGCCCGGGGCGGAGAAAUGCCUCACUACGAUUGCUCGCCUUGGGAAUCCGCGGGAGGUCAUACUGAAAGUGACAGAAGAACUGCAGAAGCUGGAUCUGGAGAGCGUUGAGGAAGAGGGGGAGACACCACCUGGCACAACACCAAACGACCUCGAUGGAUUCUGCACGCUGGUGAAUCUGCUCUCAAUAUUACAUCCCCGAAUCAAAACGAAACAUCCAUCCCGCUUCCUCUCAACAUCUCUGAUGGCAGUCCUCACAGCCUUCCGCCCCUCAAACAGAGCUACUCUUGCCCUCAUCGCAUUCGUACAUACAGUAUUCCCGGGAAAGAAACGACCACCUCUUCCUGGGCGAAAGUCCAGCUUGCAGAUCCCGACGAGCAGCUUGACAGACCAAACUGCACUAGAUCCCGAGGCCCAAGAUGAAGACCCUGCCGAGUCUGCCAUCCAAGCAAAGCUUCUGCAAUCUUUCGUAACCCACGUGUUGGAAGAAUAUGUCAACGCUAAUACCUUAGAAUGGGCCGCAAGGCUACAGGAAGCUUUUGAGCCGAGGAAGGUUGUGGCUGGAAGAACGAGCUUGGGGGAGGCAUUUCGGGAAGAAGUCGAAUUGCAGACUCGGGACACCAUUGUAGGACAACUUGUGGCAAUUGCUCGCGAUCUUGGCCUAACCCAAUACCCUGUUCUCUUCGAUGCUAUCUACAAUACCGAUUCGCAUCCUUCCGAGUACGAAACCGAAUACCCCUCUACUCCUGGGGACAUACCUUUAUCUCAAGCAGGAUCACUGUUCCUCAUAACAUCCUUCAUCUUCUCCUCGAUAAUCUUUGGGUCCCAAAUGGCAGCACCCGAGUUGUCUAUAUUUCCUGAUCAUGCCAAACUGGUGAAGCAUUUCAUUGGGACGAAUGGACCAAUGAAUAUCGGUGGCGAAGAAACAGGUGUGAUAGAUGCUAUCUUGGGCAUUGGACUAUGGCUGGAACAUCACAAUCACUUCGUCUCAGGACCACUUGAGGAUGAAGACUUCCUACAGCAUCUUCAGUUCCUGUCCUUACUCUCAGCGAACAAUCCGUCACCAACUCUUCGAUAUGCAGCCCAUACUUUGACCUCGUCGAUACUUCAUGCGCACCCAGUUGAUCGCUUACGAUUAACAUUCAUAACAGACACAUUGGAGGAAUGCCCUUUCGAAACCUUGAAGGGCUCUGCAGUAUCAUGGCUUAAGGAAGAGAUCAUCACCGCCCAAGAACGGAAAUCUCACAAUGCUUUUGAUUCUACUGUUGCAUUAGCUGCUGCCCAACCAUACUUAUUUCCCGAUACAUCAUCUUUAGCCAGUGCAGAUGAUAUGGAAUUGAUACAGGAGCUAGAACAAUCAUUCCCGUUCCACAUGUCGGUUGUCAAUUUCCUGUAUUUUGUUGGAGGAAAGCAAUAUACUCACGUGGUGCCUACUGGGAUGAUGAGUGUUGUGGAGGAGAUUUAUCUGGGACCUUUGAGAACUGCGCAGCAAAAAGCUUUGAAGUUGGUCGAAGCCGAAUCUGAGAACAGUAGUGGAGGAUCAGUGGUCGAACUGCAACUCCUUGGGGAUCGAAUUGCGUUAUGCUCAGCACAGAUCAAUGAUUGAUGAAUGCAUGAUUUAUUGUUCUUCCUGUCCUUAAAUUACAUGUCUUCUUCGAAUC